AUGGGUAGCUUGAUUGGCAUACAUGAACAUGAACAUGUACAUGAACAUGUGACAACAAUACCUGAAAGAUUGAGUGAUGAACAGCUGACGAAACUGGAAUUAAAAACUCGAUGUUGUAAGAAUAAAAUUGAACAUUAUUAUGAAGAAUUUCGUCUAAAUCAUCCAACUGGUUAUAUAACAAAAAAAGAAUUUUUAAAAGCACAUCAUGCGUUAUUUCCACAUUCAGAAUAUGAUAAAGAUGCAUUUCGAAACGACUUUGCAAUCAAUGAAUCGAAUUCGUUGUAA